UGAACUUAUUUUUACGAUUUGUUCGUAAUAUAAGUGUUUGGCGGAUAUUAGUUUAUCUGCGAAGAGAAUCGCGUUUAAUGUUCCAACUCAACAAACAUAUUUUUAGGUCGUGGUGUUCUCCAGACUAUUCAUACACAGUGUGAACCAUGCUGACGUCAACUUCUACAUAGAUAAACUUUAACGAAGCAGUUUUAAUCUAAGUUACGAAGGAAUGUACAAAUAUUUUAUUUUAAUAGUUUUCUAUGCUUUAUUGAAGGAGAUAACAAGUGAUUUUAUUUAAUCUGACAGAAGACUGACAAGCAUAUACUUGAGCAUCCAAUAUAUUACAAAAAUGACUCGCCGCACUACAGAUAAUCUUCUGAAAGAAGCUGUCAUCCAAAUCGGAGCUGGAGGGUCAGCAGGUUUUAUUGAGGUUUGCAUAAUGCAUCCGAUGGAUCUUGUCAAGACACGUUUUCAGCUUCAAGUGAAACCAACAAAGUUGGAUCCGUUAUAUUAUACGGGAAUUCGUGACUGUAUGAUGAAAAUGUAUAAGACUGAAGGAUUACCAGCAUUUUGGAAGGGGAUACUACCUCCGAUAGUUGUAGAAACUCCUAAACGCGCGGUCAAAUUCUUUACAUUCGAGCAAUAUAAACAGUUCUUCUUAUUUGGCGCUAGUGCACCCACUCCAUUGACAUUUUCGUGUGCCGGUUUCUUCGCUGGUAUGACAGAGGCUAUAUUAGUAAAUCCUUUCGAGGUUGUCAAAGUAAAACUGCAAUCUAAUCGAAAGCACGUCAAAGAGAGCCCGUCAACGUUUGCAGUAACGAGAGAAAUUGUAUCAAAAUACGGUUUGGGUUUAAAUGGCUUGAACAAGGGACUGUCAGCCACUAUAAUGAGAAAUGCUGUAUUCAAUUCAUUCUAUUUCGGUUUUUAUCAUUCUGUCAAGGGAUACAUACCGGUCAGAGAAGAACCUUGGUUGGAAUUUUUAACUAAAGUUGCUGUAGGAUUUGUGUCUGGUUCAGUUGCCUCAUGUUUGAAUAUACCGUUCGAUGUCGCUAAAAGUCGCAUUCAAGGUUCGCAGGGUGACACACAGUAUAGAGGAACACUGAACACUAUGCAUAUUGUUUACAAGACGGAAGGAUUUAGAGCCUUGUACAAAGGUUUGCUGCCAAAAGUAUUGAGAUUAGGUCCAGGUGGUGCUAUUAUGCUUGUCGUAUAUGACUACAUGCACACAUAUCUUACGAAGAAAUUCAAAGAAUAAUUUUUAUAUCAUACUUGAAGAAAC